GCGGGGUGGACCGGAGGAUCCGGUUUCGCCGGGAGAGAAACACUUAAUGACUCGCCGCUUCUCCACUCACUUUCCACCGCAUGCUGCUGCAGCACAGAGCGCGCUGAUCUGGAGGAGUCUCACGCUGUCACAUCUCUUCUUCUCUGUGAUGUUGAUAGACCUGUGAAGAUCAAAAGCAACACCCGAUGAAACAUGCAGAGGACUCUGAAUAGAUUAAGGAAGUCAUACAGACUGCCUCUUUGGACUUUUCAACUACAUUGGACUGUUGUAUGAAGUUAAAAGAUUUUAUGGACCAUAGCCAUGGGUGUCUAAUGGCUAAACCUUCUAUGAAUGGUUUCCUCAUUUGGGUCAUUGGGAGCGCUGUAGAAUGGAGGAUCCAUUCCAGAUAUUCUCUCAAGGGUCUGUCACGCUACCUCAAAGAAGAAUGAGCCGUUUUCACCAAAUGGAGACAUGCGCAUAUUGCUACUGAACUGGUCCAAAGGUUCAUUUGUCUGGAUAGAGAACUAAUAGGAUGAAGAGGAAGUGGCCGUAACUUCACCCAUGACAAAGUAUGUGCAAGAAGAGCCAGGCUGAAGCGGAUGUAAUGAGAAUCAACAGUAAAGUUUUAAACAAAACUCGCUUUGUGGUCUACACCUGGGAAAUAUGAGACUUUAGUCGACAGACAAAACACAAACAGUUCUUCUUCGUUUUAAUCAAGUGACUUCUACAAGUGGUUCUGGCAUGGGUGGCUGGUGGCUGAUCUGUUUGUCUUGUUUUUGAUGGUACACAGAGGUGCCCCAACUUUAUUGAACUGCGUCAUCCUACCCACCUUGUUGUUGAGGUUGUCAGCUGUGAUGGUGCGCAGGGGUCUUCUGGCAUGGCUCUCACGUGUGGGUGUUCUGUUAGUGGUGGUGUGCUGUUGCCUUUCCCUCCUUUAUGUCAUCACAUGCAGCCCCCAUGCUGAUGAGCUCAUGGCUGGGCAGCCCUUGCCCAGGGCUGGAGGGAUGGCUAUGCCAGGAGGUCCAAGCAGGCCAGGUGGGGUUGGAGGUGCCCCCAUCGGCCCUGCUGGACGGGAAGGGUUCCAAGCCCUUCUCCAAGAGCGUGAAGAGCAGCACCGGCAGCAUAUUGCCAGCUUGAAAAAGCAAAUCGCUCAACUGAAAGAGGCUCUCCAGGAACGGAGCGAACAACUUAAAGGCCUGCAGGACUCUGUGGAGAAGACGGCUGGGAAGGGGACGGUGGGCGACGUUGCUGACGACCACAGUCACAGCGACCUGCAGGAGUUCCUACGCAGCCAGCUGAGCCGGGCAGAGGUGCACUCUGGGGUAAGACUUCCGAGUGAGUACGCCGUGGUGCCCUUUGAGAGCUUCACCUUACAACGCAUCUACCAGCUGGAAAUGGGGUUAACCCGUCACCCCGAGGAGAAGCCUGUGAGGAAAGACCGCAGGGACGAGCUGGGGGAGGUGGUGGAGAGUGCACUACAUGCCCUCAAUGCGCCAAAUCAAGGUGGAGACAAAGCGAAAGCCAGCAAAGUCUACACACCUUCAGACUUUAUAGAAGGAAUAGCGCGCACUGAGAAGGACAAGGGCACGCUGUACGAGCUGACCUUCCGUGGAGAACAGAAGCAGGAGUUUCGCCGGCUGCUCCUCUUCCGCCCCUUCGGCCCUCUCAUGAAAGUGAAAAGUGAGCUGGUGGAGACGGCCAACAUGGCCAUUAACAUCGUGCUGCCUCUGUCCCAGAGAGCCGACAAAUUCAGACAGUUCAUGCACAACUUCAGAGAGGUAUGUGUGAAGCAGGAUGGCCGGGUGCACCUUACCGUGGUAUACUUUGGAAAGGACCAGAUGAAUGAGGUCAAGGGAACCUUGGAGAACACUUCGAGGGAGCUGAACUUCCAUAACUUCACUCUGAUUCAGCUGAACGAGGAGUUUUCUCGGGGUCGAGGGCUGGAUGUGGGCGCUCGUGCUUGGAAGGGAGGCAACGUGCUGCUCUUCUUCUGUGACGUGGACAUCUUCUUCACAGCCGACUUCCUGAACACAUGCCGUCUGAAUGCCCAGCCUGGAAAGAAAGUGUUUUACCCCGUCCUCUUCAGCCAGUACAACCCAGCUGUGAUCUACGGCAGUCGCGAUCACAUCCCCCCUGUGGAACAGCAGCUGAUCAUUAAGAAAGACACCGGCUUCUGGAGGGACUUUGGCUUCGGAAUGACCUGCCAAUACAGAUCCGAUUUCAUCAACAUAGGUGGUUUCGAUGUGGACAUCAAGGGCUGGGGCGGCGAGGACGUCCACCUGUACAGGAAGUACCUCCACAGUAACCUGCUGGUGGUGCGCGCCCCGUCACGGGGUCUCUUCCACCUGUGGCAUGAGAAGCACUGCGCUGACGAACUGCCUCCGGACCAGUACAAGAUGUGCAUGCAGUCCAAAGCCAUGAACGAGGCCUCGCACGGCCAGCUGGGCAUGCUGCUCUUCAGACACGAGAUCGAGGCACACCUCCGCAAACAGAAGCAGCGGAGCGGAGCUAAAAAACCUUGAGGGAUGUGACCUCUUCUUAAUGUGCUCUUAAAGGGACAGGUGGCACAAAAAUAAAACAUUAAUGAAGCUCUGUGACAUAGUUUGUUCUGUUGAAGCAGAGCUCUGGUGGUUUUUUCACUGUAUUAUUACUGUAUUAUAUUGACUGAAGCUUUGAAAAAAAACAGCAUAAAAUCAUUCAAAAGUAGUGUUGUCAAAUGAGUAAUUACGAUUAAUCGAAUCCAAAAGAAGAGCUUUUGUUUACAUAAUAUAUAUAUAUAUAAUUACGUGCAUGUUUGUGUAUUUAUAUAUACAUAAUAUUAUAGGCAGUACACACACAUAUUAUACAUUAAAUAGACAAAAACGUCAACUUUUUUGGAUGCGAUUAAUCGUGAUUAAUCAUUUGACAGCACUAUUAAAGAGUAGUCCACGUGAAGCCCAGUAUUAUGCUGAUGAUGAGAAACGUUCUGAAGAAUUGAAUCUUUUUAGUGAAUCACAUCACAGAACCGGUCUGAAUGAUUCGUUCGUGAAUCAGACUGAUCGGUGAUGUCGACUCCGUUUCAGUUGUAUUGGUUUAAAAGUGCUGGAAUAUAGUAUAAAAAUAAGGACAGGACACUGCCAUCCAAAUGUUUUUGAAAUAAAUCCGAUACUGUUUUCCAAAGAAGUCUCUUGCGCUUACCAAGUGUCCAUUUGUUUGAUAAAAAAUACAGUAAAAGACACAAUGUUUCAAAAGAUUUAUAUUUCAAAAUAAAUGCCGUCCAAUUAACUUUUUAUUCAUCAAAAAGUCCUGCAGAAAAUGUAUCAGGGCUUCCGCAAAAAUAUUAAGCAGCAAAAAAGGCUUCAGCAUAGACACUAAUAUGAAUCUUUAUUAAUAACUGAGCACUAAUAAUAAUUGACAAUAACGGAGAACCAAAUGAGCAUAUUUUUAUGAUUUCUGAAGGACAGUGUGACACUGAAGAUUGGAGUAAUGAUGCUGGGAAUACAGCUUUGUGUUACAGGAAUAAAUACAUUUGAAAAUAUAUUCUGAAUUGGAAUAAUAUAUCAGAUUAUUACCCUUUUUGCUGUAUUUUUGAUCAACAAAUUCAGCCUCAGUAAGCAUAAGAGAUUUCUUUUCGCAUGGAAAAGAGCAUCCUGUGCGUUCUUCAGAAGUUCUCCUUUUAUGUUUCACAGAGGAGAGAAAGUCAUUUGGUUUGGCAUGACACUAUGGGGCGAGUAAAUAAUGACAGAGUUCAUGUCUGUUGUGCAUGAGAUGGGAAGUGAAGACAUUAUACAGCACUGCCUCAAACUGACUCACGCACAAAUACAAACCCAAACACUGAGAUAACCAGGAACAGAGCAGCACACACACAUUCCCUCCAGACGAGACAGUCAUGUGUGGGAGCGCAGGAAAGACCUUCAAGUCUCUUGUGCAUGAUACAAUAUGAUCACAGUAUUAUAGAUGAUGAGUCUGUAAUGCACUUCACACUGAUAACCUGCAGUCUUUCAGAAAGUGUUCUUUACUAUAGGCUACUUACAAAUCACUUUUAGACGAGACUUUGCGUCAGCUUUUUUUUUGUGUUUUUCUUUUUUUUUUUUUUGAAUACAAGAGUGAAAAUGCCUUAUUGCUAUUAAUGUAUGUCAUGGGUACGUCGUUUCUUCGUUGUGGAUCGAUGAGCGAGAAGAUGACUGAGGGAUUUAAAGCACAAAUCUAGAUUUAUGUGACGAGUGGUUCAAAGAACUGCGAUUCAUUUGAUUCCCCUUGAAUUAUUAAUGUUGUGGCGCCACCUAGUGAUGCUUUCUGUCAGUUUGACUUGAUGGUUUUACAGGGGGACUUCGAUAUGACAACACAUCAAAGUUAAGAAAAUCACAUUCUAAUUUAGACUCUAAAGAGACAAAGAAUUGUGAUGUUUUAUAUAACAAGGAAUUUAGUUUGAAAAGAGUAUCGUGAGUGCUGAAGAUUAUCAGUAUUUGUAAGAGGCUUUAUUUAAGUGACCCUUCCAAAUACUUUUAUUUGUGCACAAUUUAUAAUCUUCAAAUCUAGCCUAAUUU